CGCUCUCCCUCCUGCCCCUCCCCGAGCCAGCAUCUGAGAUAGCAGCAGUACCAGCGUGCAGGCGGGAGCUGCAGUUGCUGCGCUGCGCGCGCCGGCCGGCCAGCCGCUCAAACGAGACAGCGAAGGUCUGAGAACGCGUGCGCGGGUGAGACCCUUUAGAACGUUGGGGGAGUCGCUCCGCCGCGCGUCGCAGAAACCUACAACUUGAGGAGGACUGAUCAUUCCCUUGCACUAGGCCCAUCUAAUGGUUAUCUUCUUGUGCCAGGAUCUUCAAAAACAACUGCGAGUUUGAAGAGCUCUUGAUAUUGCACCUUAAGUGAUAACUUUUCUUUUUCUUUUUUAAGUCCUUGCACUGGAUCCGACAUUUCUCCUCUUUGGUUUGAAAAAAGACACCGCUGUCUCCCACUCUCGCUUGUCUUUUUCUGCACCAGAAUCAUAAGGGACAUUUGCAAAGAAUAUAUUCUUUCCUGGCAUUCACAGUGGAAAACAAGUGGAUUAUGAUCUUACACUCACCACGGAUGUUCUAGCGUUUGGGUAUACCUUGCAGAUCUUUGCCUUUGGAUUUUUUUUCCUGGUUGAGAAAAAAAUUGCCUCUGUGCAUUUUGCUGAGACAAAAGAUAUUUGCUUAACAGAAAUGUUGUUCAGGUUCUGUGAUGCUGCUUUUACAGACAUACGUUAAUACUGGAAUUUUUGCAGUGUGGCCCUUUGGCAGAUAAAAAUUGCAAACAUUUUUCUUCUUUGACCUUUAGGCUACCCUUCAGAACAGAAAACUGUGGCAUAUUUGCCUGAUACAUGGGAAUCUUCAGAAUAAUCAUCUGUGAAAUAUUAACCUACAAAAUCAUGGAAUAUCACCUUCUUUCAAUCUUUGGCUGUACUUCCAAAAAUACACCCAUUGUCUAAAUAUCAUGCUGUGUGAGAGAGUUUGUGAAUCCAUGGUAGACAUGAAUUUUCCUCUUGAGAGAGUAUUGGGUAACAUUGUUGGCAUCUCUGCUUUUCUGAAUGAUCUUCCUCUUACGACUUGAGGUGACUUUAAGUUAAACUGAUAAAGGAAGUGGGAUUUUUUUGGUUCUCUUUGCCAUCUUUAUUGCCAAGAUGGCUUCUGUCCGGUUCAUGGUUACCCCCACUAAAAUUGAUGAUAUCCCAGGCCUCUCUGAUACUAGCCCAGACCUCAGCUCCCGCUCUAGCUCCUGCGUCCGCUUCAGUUCCAGAGAAAGUGUCCCUGAAACAAGCCGCAGUGAGGGUGGCAGUGAUUUUUCCAGAGCAACCACUUCAUUGGCCACUGAAGCAGCCGAGCCAGCUUCUGACAAGACAACCAAUCCCCGCACAGAUGUGGCUGAAGAUGUGAGUCAAACUUCCAUCACAGGGGAACAGUGUCAGCUCUUAGAUCCUGCAUACAAGAAGGAUCCCCAUGCGUUUCUUAACAAUAUCAACUAUGAAGAUGGUGAUGAAUUCUUUGACAAGAAUUUGGCGCUCUUUGAGGAGGAGAUGGAUACCCGACCCAAAGUGUCUUCCCUGCUCAAUCGAAUGGCCAACUACACCAACUUGAUGCAGGGAGCCCGUGAACAUGAGGAGGCAGAGAAUGUCCCUCCAGGCAAGAAAAAAAUCACUAAGACUCCGCAGAUGGGCACGUUCAUGGGAGUCUACCUACCCUGUCUGCAGAACAUCUUUGGAGUGAUUCUCUUCUUGCGUCUUACUUGGGUUGUGGGUACAGCUGGCGUGCUGCAAGCCUUUACCAUUGUCCUUAUUUGCUGCUGUUGUACAUUGCUAACAGCCAUCUCCAUGAGUGCCAUUGCCACCAAUGGAGUUGUGCCUGCUGGGGGUUCAUACUUCAUGAUUUCACGAGCCCUGGGACCUGAGUUUGGAGGAGCUGUAGGACUCUGCUUCUAUCUUGGCACUACCUUUGCUGCUUCGAUGUACAUCUUGGGGGCUAUUGAAAUCUUCCUGAUGUACAUUACUCCCAAGGCAGCCAUCUUCCACAGCGAUGAUCCCUUGAAGGAGCCAGCAGCCAUGCUGAACAACAUGCGGGUUUAUGGCUCUGCCUUCCUGGUGCUUAUGGUGCUGGUGGUGUUUGUGGGAGUGCGUUACGUGAACAAGUUUGCCUCUCUUUUCCUCGCCUGCGUCAUUGUCUCCAUUCUGGCUAUUUACACUGGUGUCAUCAAGUCCUCCUUUGCACCUCCUGAUUUUCAUGUGUGCAUGCUGGGGAAUCGUUCCCUCUCCCAGCAUCAUAUUCAGACAUGUGCCAAGACCAAGGAGUAUGGUAACCUCACUGUACCCACAUUGUUGUGGGCACACUUUUGCAACCAUAGCAAGCUCCUCAAUGCCUCUUGCGAUGAGUAUUUUCAACACAACAAUGUCACUGUUAUCCAAGGAAUUCCAGGACUAGCCAGUGGUGUUAUUGCUGAGAAUCUGUGGAGCAACUACCUGAUGAAAGGUGAAAUACUUGAGAAGCCAUCUUUGCACUCGGUUGAUGUGGGAGGAGCUCUGAAUCAGCAGUAUGUGUUGGCUGAUAUCACCACUUCCUUUACCCUUCUUGUGGGGAUAUUCUUCCCUUCUGUCACUGGAAUCAUGGCUGGAUCAAAUCGUUCAGGGGACCUAAAGGAUGCCCAGAAAUCUAUUCCUAUUGGUACCAUCCUGGCUAUUCUCACCACCUCCUUUGUGUAUCUUAGCAAUGUGGUGCUGUUUGGGGCUUGUGUAGAAGGUGUUGUACUCAGGGACAAAUUUGGUGACACAGUGAAGGGGAACCUGGUGGUGGGUACGCUCUCCUGGCCAUCCCCUUGGGUCAUUGUCAUUGGUUCGUUCUUCUCCACAUGUGGAGCUGGGCUGCAGAGCCUCACAGGUGCACCCCGCCUGCUGCAGGCCAUAGCAAAGGACAACAUUAUACCCUUCUUGCGGGUUUUUGGCCAUGGUAAAGCUAAUGGGGAGCCCACCUGGGCUUUGCUUCUGACAGCAGGCAUUGCAGAACUUGGGAUUCUUAUUGCAUCACUGGACAUGGUAGCCCCUAUUCUCUCCAUGUUCUUCCUGAUGUGUUACCUCUUUGUCAACCUAGCCUGCGCCCUACAAACUCUACUGCGCACCCCUAAUUGGAGGCCACGCUUCCGGUACUAUCAUUGGAUACUCUCCUUCAUGGGCAUGAGUAUCUGUGUGGCGCUCAUGUUCAUCUCCUCCUGGUAUUAUGCAAUUAUUGCGAUGGUGAUAGCUGGAAUGAUCUACAAAUAUAUUGAGUAUCAUGGGGCUGAGAAGGAGUGGGGAGAUGGCAUCCGUGGCUUGUCCCUGAGCGCAGCCCGUUUUGCUUUGCUGCGCCUCGAGGAGGGGCCGCCCCACACCAAAAAUUGGAGGCCACAACUGUUGGUGUUGCUAAAGUUGGAUGAGGAUCUGCAUGUGAAACAUCCACACCUGCUCACCUUUGCUUCCCAGCUGAAAGCUGGCAAAGGCCUGACUAUCGUAGGCUCUGUCAUGGUGGGCAACUUCCUGGAGAGUUACAGUGAAGCGCUGGCUGCUGAACAGACCAUCAAACAUCUGAUGGAGGCAGAACGUGUGAAAGGCUUCUGCCAGAUUGUGGUUGCUGCCAAGGUGCGAGAGGGCAUCUCCCACCUCAUUCAGUCCUGUGGACUGGGUGGUAUGAAGCACAACACUGUGGUGAUGGGCUGGCCAAACGCCUGGCGUCAGAGUGAGGAUGCCCGUGCUUGGAAGACUUUUAUUGGCACCGUCCGUGUGACUACAGCUGCCCGCCUGGCCUUGCUUGUGGCAAAGAAUGUGACUUUCUUCCCUAGCAAUGCAGAACCUUUCCCCGAGGGGAACAUUGAUGUCUGGUGGAUUGUGCAUGAUGGAGGAAUGCUGAUGCUACUCCCCUUCCUUCUCAAGCAGCAUAAGGUGUGGCGUAAAUGCAAAAUCCGCAUCUUUACAGUAGCCCAGCUGGAAGACAAUAGCAUACAGAUGAAGAAGGAUCUGGCAACCUUCCUGUAUCACCUCCGUAUUGAGGCAGAGGUGGAAGUGGUUGAAAUGCAUGACAGUGACAUCUCUGCCUACACAUACGAGCGCACUUUGAUGAUGGAGCAGCGCUCCCAGAUGCUGCGUCAAAUGCGUCUCUCUAAAACAGAACGAGAACGUGAGGCCCAGCUUGUGAAGGAUAGGAACUCAAUGUUGCGACUGACCAGCAUUGGCUCAGAUGAUGAUGAAGAGACAGAGACUUACCAGGAGAAGGUGCACAUGACCUGGACCAAGGACAAAUACAUGGCUUCCCGUGGACACAAACCCAGAGCCCUGGAGGGUUUCCAAGAUCUGCUCAAUAUGCGUCCGGAUCAGUCUAAUGUGCGACGUAUGCACACAGCUGUCAAGCUCAAUGAAGUUGUUGUCAACAAGUCCCAUGAGGCCAAGCUGGUGCUCCUUAAUAUGCCUGGGCCACCACGAAACCCUGAAGGUGACGAAAACUAUAUGGAAUUCCUGGAGGUCCUCACAGAAGGGCUGGAGCGUGUGCUGCUUGUACGGGGUGGAGGCAGCGAGGUCAUCACCAUCUAUUCAUAGAUUGGGAGGUCUUCCUCCUGAUGAACUGUAUUCAGAUUGAUACCUGCUUCCUACCUGUUCCCAUGUGCCACUUGGAUCUCCCAAGGAGACCAGCUAUUAACACCACACCUAUUUGCUUUCAUUUCUUGUGGCAAUUCAGGGUCUUCAAAUUGGGUGCUUUUCCCAAUGUUUGGAGGAUGGAUAGUUGGCAAUUUCUUCAGCUUCCAUCAAGUUAGAGCUACACACUAGAAUCUUCACAAGUUUAUUGUGAGAGGGAAAUUAGAGAAAGGAAGGAGACUACUCUGUCACACUCUCAAGAAAUGUAGGAGCAGUUGCAAGUAGUAACUCUGGAGGGCAUUAGAGGAGCAAAAAAUCAGGGAUGCUCCACUGUAAUGGCUGUUGCCAUUACAGGAAUGAAGUGACAGGAUCCAUCAGCUGGAUGGGUAGGUUUGGCACAGCUGGAGAAGCUGUUACAUGUCAUUAUUAUAUUAAGAGGAAAAAGAAGGGAAAGGAGAUACUGUUGGGAGACUUAAAAGGGAAAUCUAUCCUUCAUCGUGCCAUUUUCUUCUGGUCAGCACCAAAGGUUUUUUUGCUUUCCUUCCCACUGAAAUCAAGAAAGGCCACAACGAGCACUUGGAAAGUUGGAACUUACUUUUUAGAGUGCUUAAUCCUGAUCCCUUGUGAUAUUCUGAAAAUCAGAUAUACUGUUUGCCAACAAGGGAAGAGAAUGGCUAAUUCCCAAGUUAGGGUGGAGGCAGCAUAUUGAUGGGCAACAUCUUUUCCAUAUGGCCUUUGCACUUCUAGUGAGUUAAGGAAACUAUGAGCUGCCUUUUCCUAUUUUUAUAGAUAUUCUGUAGAACUGAUUGCUAGGCAGAAGGCGGCUGUAAUAUUUUGUUUUUAUACAGUGGUGGGAAAAGGAGUUUCUGUCCUUGAAGAACAGGAUUUUCCGAUUUUCCUAAUUAUCCUCUUUGCUUCUGAAGAGGUCCACCUCUUCCUUCAAGCUUGGAUAAGAAGGAAACUAACGCCACAUCCUCUGUGCUGAGCAAGUUUGCCCUCUUUGAUGUCAGUGACAAGGAUGUACGUAAGUGUUGGGAUGGAGUUCUUCCUCACCUCUACUGAAACAAACUUAGGGAAAGGUGCUGUGUCUAUUUCAUCCUAUCUAAUUUCAAUGAUGGAUGUCUCCUCCUUGAACCUCUUGCUCAACAAUAGUAUACAGGGACCACUCCCUCGGGGUAGCCUUAAAAGACACAUCUCAAGCCUCUCAUUUUAUUUUUGAGAGAGAAUUUCACAGACAGUUUUUCAUUUCUUAUUUUGGCUGAGACUUUUUUAAUUUAUUCAGGGUGCAACCUUGUUUACAUCGCAUCAAAACUGGGAGUGUGAUUUGUUUUUGUUUUUUUGCUUCUUGAAUUAUGUAAAGAAUAAACAUUUUAUAUACAAUUUUUAUUUUAGUAGUUGUGUAUAAGUGGUUCCAACUGCAGAGCUCAUGCAUUCAUCAUGUAAGAUUCAAUCACUUUACAACCUUUCUGUCAUUUAUAAAAAGCAGUUAAAAUAAAAAGUAGUGUAUGUUAUAUUUUACAUAUUUAAACAUGAUAAAGAGAACCUAAAUUCAGUGCCCUAGUUCAUAUAAAUAUGACUGUGAGAUUAAUGUGAACAGGCAACUGUAGACCAAGCUUAUCUUUUUUCCAGUAAAUUCGUAUCAGUGGCUUAAGAAUCAGACAAUGUGCAUGAAUAUUUGAGUAACUGUUCUGCAUGAAGCUUUUGAAAUACUUUCUACUGGCGUUCAUGCAAAGAGCACAAAACAAUUAGAAUGCUUUAAAUGUUCAAACUCCAUCUCUCCCACAAGAAAUCAUCAGGCACAUGCCUAUACCCUUUUCAGCUGGCUUUAGAAUAGUAAGAUCAAAAUCUUGUUGGGGGUUAGAAUUACAUAUGAAUCAACCUUACAUUCAGUCAGACUAUUAGCCCAGAACUGGGAGCUUUGAUUUUGGCUCUGCUACAGAUACCUUCCUGAAUCACCUAUUUCUUCAUAAUUUUUAAAUGUCUUCUACUUGA